UCUCAUAACAUUAGAAGCGCCUCUUUACCCUAAAAGUACAAAAGUCUUGGGUGGAGCGGGUUUGGAAAGAUCCGUGCACUGAUUUAUGGACUCUCAAGACAAUAGUGAAGAGGCUAUGAACAAAAUACUUAUUGGUGUUUUUUUUGUUGGCGGCGAACUUAUUAUUUUGAAGAAAUGAGUGCUGGGGGUACAAGUGAAAAAAGAAAAGAUUUGUCUAGUGCUUUAUAUUUGACAAUUUCUUUCAUGUACUAUUCGAACUUGUAGGAUGAUAAAUAUCCAAUUUUUAUGUAGUCUUGUUUCGGGCUUCUUUUUUGUCUUGGUAUGGAAUGGUCUCGUUUGAUUUUUAGUCCAAUCCAAUGUUUUAAUUUGGAAAACAAGCAUGUCUUUGAGUAAUUUGAAUGCUGUGAAAAAGUUAGGAGGAUGGAAAAUGGGACUUUCUUCAAGGAAUUUGAAUGGUCGAAAACAAAUCUGCAUGGUGAAAAGAUAGGUGGUUACGGGAAAAGAGAGGAGAAUAGUUAGUCAAGUUGUGAAUGGAAGGCUAAAGAUUUGUAAGAGAAUGAUGAUGUCCCUUGUCAGGCUGUUAUAUUUAAAAUACAAGAAGAACUUGGAUGAAAAGACACAGAUGAGAUUGGAAGCUAGCGUGGGGCUGACGAUCUAAGUAAGCAAUUUAAUACAUCAGGGUGUGAUUGACAAGAUGAAUUGAUGUGUCUUUCAAUUGGAGAGAGGAGACUAGAAUGAAGGAGUAUUGUUCAGUAUUCCAUGGAAAGAUCAGAGACAAAAAAGUGAAGAAGUUGUAUCUAGCUCUUACUGCUGCUCCUCUUCCUGUUGGAGUAAUCACCCACUAUAUGCGGCGUGUCAAUAUGUCUCCAAGACUUAUUUCAGAAGAAUUCAUUAAGGGAUGGCCCUUGUGCCAACUUGAGGUCUUGGAAUGCAAGAAGGUUCCAUGGCCAAACUCUAUGACUGAAGCGAAAUACUGUGUUGAAGACUGGGUGGCCUUCGAAAGAUUUUGCGUACGAAUGUAAAAUAAACCUUUUGACAGGUCGGACGGAUCAGUUUCUUGCAGAAGCUUUGGAUGAUAUUCAAGAUACUGACUGGGUGAUUUCGUUGGGAAAUGCUUUUGCAAAACAAUAUGAACUUUAUAAGCCUGAUGAUGAGCAUAUUGCACUUGCUCACAUGGACGGUGGUGAAGAUGAGGAAGGAAGACACGGUGAAGUUGAUCAGCGCUGAGGGCUUCGAAUUUGUCAUCGACAAGAAGGCCGCUAUGGUCUCCCAAACCAUCAGGCUCACCUCCCUAGGGAGUUUUGCUGAAACGCAGCAUGAGGAUGUGACUUUCCCCGAGAUAAGCACCAUUAUUCUCGAGAAGAUCUGCCAGUACUUCUAUUGGUUGCUCCAAUACACCAGAGUGUGUAUUGGGGAGGGGAUCUUGUAUGGAUGGAACUAUCAAUUUUCGUUGCUUCCGACUGAUUCGGAGUUGGCUUCUGCGUUUGUGGACCGCAAGAGGAGCUGUUGGUUACAUAUCCCAUACAAAGAAGAAUUGGGAGCAUCGGAAUGUUGUUCUCAUUGGAAGAACAGAUUAACCAUAAGAUGGACUUCAUCAAGCUGGAAUUACAAAAUAUUGAAGUUCCUAUAAUAUUGGUGGCAGCAUCCCACUUGGACAUUGUUUUGGAAAAACUAAAAGACAUUCUCAACAAUGUUGGGCAGAGUAUCUUACAAAGGUGUAUGCCAGGGUGUAUGUUCUAGCUUGUAUUUUAAAUUUUUAUCUCUAUGUAGAAUGAUUACAGUGAUUCUUUAGCUUUCUUGCUUUCAUUUUAUUACGUUUUUGUUGUUAUCCUAGCAUUGACAGAAUUUUUACUGCUAAAUAUAUGGAAAAAAAACUUGUAACCACAUGUAAAACAUCUUCAGAUAUCCUCCUGUAUGGCAAAAUCUAUAUAACAAUGCAGCUCAGCUUUUUCAAAAAACUGUGUAUGUGUCGUGAUUUCAUUGGUCCAAAUGUCUCCUAUAAAUCCUAACCAUUGAAAUGCCCUAUGUUUCAUCUGACUAUUCAAAACAAUCCCCAUUCCUGUUGCUUUUUCUCCUGAAGCCAGCCAUCUCUAUUUUCAGUCAUUGGAUCAAAAUCCAAUUG